GGGUGCUGCCUCGUCGGGGUCAAGAAAUAUUAAGAGAAAGAAUGAAAGCGAAACACAACAUUUUUGCUCACGAGGAGUGUCGUGUCUGCUAUUCUUCAAGAUUUUUUGUUAUGGCUUGAUACUGUAUUUUCUCGGGAGACAAACACCGUGUUGACGCUGUGGUCUGAUCGGAAGACCAUAGCUGCAACGUCAGAUUGGCUACAGUUUACCUUUCUAAUAACCGAGAACCGUGGAUGCUAAUUGUGGUAUUUCUGCAGCUUGGAAUUGGACACAUGAUGUGACGUGGUGGAUUUGGUGACAAGUGGAUUGCAUUUAAUGGCUAGAUAUUAUCUGGCUGUAAUAUCUUCUAUGUGAUAUAUGCAUUGUUCUGCAAAACGAUGAUGUGUGCUGCUGCGGCAGCAGCCGCCGGUGGAGGUAUUCUGCCUUCCUUAUCGCCUUCGAUGGGGCUGGGUGUCAGGGUCAUUUCUGGAGCCGGAGCUGAUCUCUCCACCAUUGGUUCGGGAAUGGGUUCUUGCCCGACACCCGGAGCCCAGUCUGAUUGUCGGACUCGGUACCAGCUUUUACUCUCAGGAAGAGCUCUCGCGGAAAGAUACAGACGGAUUUAUACUACCGCCAUCAGUGAUAAAGAGCAAGGGAUAAAUCAAGGAAGGGGAAAGAAAGCUUUGAGUAAGAAGAAGCUGAAAAGGCGACAGAAAAUCAAGUCAAAAGUCAAAUCAAGAACAAAGGCUGAGAGUCUUGAUGGAGCCCUCUGUAUACCGGACAUUAAGCUGCACAGCAACCCGUCUGCGUUUAAUGUUUACUGCAAUGUGCGGCACUGUGUGCUGGACUGGCAGCAGAGAGAAGCCUCCCUAGCGCUGGCCUCCAGGAGCUCGGUGCAGAGCGGCGACUCAGACAGCGAGGAGGAGGAAGAGUACCGCGAGCCAGCCGUGAAGCUGCCAAAGAUCAUUGGCAUUGGCCUGUGUGGGGUUUUUGAGCUGAUAAAAGAGACUCGGUUCUCUCAUCCCUCACUGUGCCUGCGCAGCCUUCAGGCUUUGUUGGACAUGCUGCAGGGGCAACAACCUGAAGGUUUCCAGACAGAGCCUCCUGAUGUGCUAGAGUCUCUUUUCCAGUUGCUGUUGGAGACCACGGUCCGUAGCACAGGGCCCAAUGACCCAACAGGGCAGGCAAUUACUGCCCUGUCCUGUGCUUGCCUCUUCAGUCUUGUGGUUUCUUGGGGAGACACGGGCAAAAUCCUGCAGGCUGUCUCGGCCAUUCUCACCAAUAAUGGCAGCCAUGCCUGCCAGACAAUACAGGUCCCCACCAUACUAAAUGCACUACAGAGAAGUGUACAGGCUGUCCUGGUGGGAAAAAUUCAGAUCCAGGAUUGGUUUGGAAAUGGCAUCAAACGUGCUGCUCUUAUGAACAAGUGGGUCCUAAAAGAAGUGGCCAUCGAUGAAGAUGAGCGCUGUCUUCUACAGACGGAUGGUUCCUUCCUCUACUUGCUCUGCAAGGACGGACUCUACAAAGUUGGAUCUGGAUAUAGUGGUACUGUCAGGGGCCAUGUCUACAACUCCACGUCUCGUAUCAGGAAUCGAAAGGAGAAAAGGUCAUGGCUGGGCUUUGCUCAGGGGUAUUUAUUGUAUCGGGACACAAGUAACCACAGUAUGUCGGCCAUUAAAAUCAACCCAGAGACUCUGGAGCAUGAGGGGGCGGUUACCAUGCCAGGUCAACAUUCAGAUGGACAGAACAUCAUCUUCACAGAUGGAGAGUACAUAAACCAGAUUGCAGCCUGUAAAGAUGAUGGUUUUGUGGUGCGGAUCUAUACUAUGAGUUCAGACCCGGCCUUGCAGCAGGAACUGCAGCUGAAGCUUGCAAGGAAAUGCCUGCACGCCUGUGGCAUCUCUCUCUUUGACCUCGAGAAGGAUCUACACAUCAUCAGUACAGGCUUUGAUGAAGAAGCUGCGCUGCUUGGGGCAGGCAGGGAGUUUGCUCUGAUGAAAACUGCCUCGGGAAAGAUCUAUUAUACAGGAAAGUACCAGAGCCUGGGUAUAAAGCAGGGUGGUCCAUCAGCAGGAAAAUGGGUGGAAUUACCCAUCACAAAGUCUCCAAAGAUUGUUCAGUUCUCAGUUGGCCAUGAUGGUUCUCAUGCCCUUCUAGUUGCUGAAGAUGGAAGUGUGUUCUUCACAGGCUCUGCAAGCAAAGGAGAGGAUGGGGAGUCCACUAAAAGUCGCAGGCAGCCCAAACCAUAUAAGCCCAAGAAGAUGAUCAAACUAGAGACCAAGACAGCUGUGUACACUGCGUGCAACAAUGGCAGCAGCAGCAUCGUCACAAAGGAUGGGGAGCUCUACAUGUUUGGCAAAGAUGCUAUUUACAGUGACAGCACCUGCCAGGUGACAGACCUCAAAGGUCACUUUGUAACUCAGGUUGCCAUGGGUAAGGCUCACACGUGUGUUCUGACUAAGAACGGUGAAGUGUGGACAUUUGGAGUGAAUAAUAAGGGCCAGUGUGGCAGAGAUACUGGAACCAUGAGCCAGGCAGGGAAAGCGUUUGGUGUCGAAAGCAUGGCUACAGCCAUGGAUGAAGAUUUGGAGGAUGAGCUAGAGGAAAAAGAAGAGAAGAGCAUGAUGUGCCAGCCAGGCAUGCACAAGUGGAAGCUGGACCAGUGUAUGGUUUGCACUGUGUGUGGAGACUGCACUGGCUACGGUGCCAGUUGCGUCAGCAGUGGACGGCCAGACAGAGUACCAGGAGGUAUCUGUGGCUGUGGGUCUGGAGAGUCUGGCUGCUCAGCGUGCGGCUGUUGUAAGGCUUGUGCCAGGGAGCUUGAUGGUCAGGAGGCCAGGCAGAGAGGUAUCUUUGAUGCUGUGAAGGAGAUGAUUCCACUGGAUCUGCUUCUAGCUGUGCCUGUCCCUCCCCCUCCAGGAGUGAACAUCGAGGAGCACAUUCAGAUUCGUCAGGAGGAGAAACGACAGAGGAUUAACCGGCGGCAUAGGUUGGAGGAGGGAAGAGGCCCCCUUGUUUUUCCUGGUCCCAUUUUUAUGAACCAGCGUGAGCAAGCCCUAGCCAGAAUAAGACCCCUUCAGGCACUAAGGCAUAAACGGGACAAGCACAAAGAUGGUAGCAGUGAGCGUGGAGAGAAGGAUGCCAGUAAAAUUACCACAUACCCUCCAGGGGCAGUAAGAUUUGACUGUGAGCUGCGAGCUGUGCAGGUUAGCUGUGGUUUUCACCACUCUGUGGUGCUGGUGGAGAAUGGAGACGUUUAUACAUUUGGGUAUGGCCAACAUGGCCAGCUCGGACAUGGAGAUGUCAACUCCAGGGGUUCCCCAACUCUGGUGCAAGCGCUUCCAGGUCCGAGUGUCCAGGUGACAGCAGGCAGUAACCACACAGUUGUUCUCCUCAUGGAUGGGCAGGUCUUCACGUUUGGCAGUUUCUCGAAAGGGCAGCUGGGCAGACCCAUCCUUGACAUGCCCUACUGGAACGCCAAGCCAUCACCCAUGCCCAAUAUCGGUGCCAAAUAUGGUCGAAAGGCCACCUGGAUUGGUGCCAGUGGAGACCAGACAUUCCUGCGGAUUGACGAGGCUCUUAUUAACUCCCAUGUCCUAGCUACUUCAGAGAUCUUUGCCAGCAGACACAUCAUUGGGCUUGUUCCCUCCUCUGCAUCUGAACCACCUCCAUUUAAAUGCUUGCUCAUCAACAAAAUGGAUGGAAGCUGCAGAACCUUCAAUGACUCUGAGCAGGAGGAUCUGCAGGGAUUUGGUCUUUGUCUGGACCCAGUAUAUGAUGUGAUUUGGAGGUUCCUACCAGCCUCACGAGAGAUGUGGUGCUACAAUGCAGUGAUAGCCGAUGCCAGGAUGCCCUCUGCAACAGAUCUACAUGCCCGCUGUAGCAUCCUCAGUCCAGAGCUUGCAUUGCCCUCAGGAUCCCAUGCAACCACCACUCGCUCUCACGGAGCUCUACACAUCCUUGGUUGCUUGGAUACAUUAGCAGCCAUGCAGGAGCUGAAAAUGGGUGUAGCCAGUGCAGAGGAAGAAACCCAGGCAGUGAUGAAAGUUUACUCCAAAGAGGACUACAGUGUGGUGAACCGCUUUGAGAGUCAUGGCGGUGGUUGGGGUUACUCAGCCCACUCUGUGGAGGCCAUCCGUUUCUGUGCUGACGCAGACAUCCUGUUGGGUGGGCUGGGCUUAUUCGGGGGACGAGGGGAGUACACUGCCAAGAUCAAGCUUUUUGAACUGGGACCUGAUGGAGGCGACCAUGAGACAGAUGGUGAUCUUCUGGCUGAGACCGAUGUUCUGGCUUAUGACUGCGCUGCCAGGGAGAAGUAUGCCAUGAUGUUUGAUGAGCCAGUGCUGCUGCAGCUCGGCUGGUGGUACGUGGCGUGGGCUCGAGUAUCAGGUCCCAGCAGUGACUGCGGUUCACAUGGACAAGCUACCAUCACAACUGAUGAUGGUGUGGUGUUUCAGUUCAAAAGUUCAAAGAAAUCAAACAACGGUACAGAUGUUAAUGCAGGUCAAAUACCUCAGCUACUUUACAGGCUUCCUUCAAAUGAUGGUAAUUCAUCUAAAGGGAAACAACAGACCAGUGAACCAGUCCAUAUUCUUAAACGCUCUUUUGCCCGUACGGUCUCAGUGGAGUGUUUUGAGUCUCUGCUGAGUAUCCUUCAUUGGAGCUGGACCACUUUGGUUUUGGGUGUGGAGGAGCUGCGAGGGCUGAAGGGUUUCCAGUACACAGCCACCUUGCUGGACUUAGAGAGACUGCGCUUUGUUGGGACAUGCUGCCUCCGCCUGCUCAGGGUCUACAUCUGUGAGAUUUUUCCCAUCGCUGCCAGCACCAAAGCUGUGGUGGAGGAGUCGAGCAAGCUGGCAGAGUGUGUGGGAAAGACACGAAGCCUGCUAAAGAAGAUUCUGUCAGAAGGCAUGGACAACUGCCUGACCAAACUGGACAAUGACCCCCAGGGUUACUUGUCUCAGCCUCUUACCCUGCUGGAAGCUGUGCUACAGGAGUGCCACAACACCUUCACCGCCUGCUUUCACUCCUUCUACCCAACUCCAGCUCUACAGUGGGCUUGUUUGUGUGAUCUCCUCAACUGCUUAGACCAGGACAUUGCUGAGGCCAAUUUUCGCACAUCCAGCAGCCGUUUACUGGCAGCUGUAAUGUCAGCCUUGUGUAACACCUCAGUCAAGCUGACAUCCAUCCUGCCCAUUGCAUAUGAUGGAGAAGUGCUGCUACGUUCACUUGUCAAACAAGUCAGUACAGAGAACGACUCUGCUCUUGCUCACCGUUUCCCCUUGCUGGUGGCCCAUAUGGAGAAACUUAGUCAUACGGAAGAGAACCUGAUGGGCAUGACCAGUUUCCGGGAAGUACUAGAGAAGAUGUUGGUAAUUGUGGUGCUGCCGGUGAGAAAGAGUUUAAGGAAGGAGGUGGAGCUGUUCUCUCCUCACUUGGUCUCUAAUACUUGCGGUCUGUUGGCCUCUAUCGUCUCCGAGCUCACUGCCUCUGCCCUGGGCUCUGAGGUUGAUGGGCUGAAUUCGCUCCACUCUGUGAAAGCAUCUCCGAACCGCUUCACCAAAACAAGCCAGGGCCGCAGUUGGAACACAGGCAAUGGUUCCCCGGAUGCCAUCUGUCUGACGGUGGACAAGCCAGGCGUUGUGCUUGUGGGCGUCUGUGUCUAUGGAGGAGGGGGCAUCCAUGAGUAUGAACUAGAGGUGCUCGCUGAUGACGCGCAGACAGAACACCCAGGCGACUCAGCACAUUCUCACAGGUGGACGUCUCUAGAGCUGGUGAAGGGCACCUACAGCACUGAUGAUUCACCUAGUGAUAUUGCUGAGAUUCGCCUGGAUAAGGCUGUGCCACUCAAGGAAGGGGUAAAGUAUGCUGUCCGACUGAGAAACUAUGGCAGCAGGACAGCUAAUGGAGAUGGAGGUAUGACCACCGUGCAGUGCUCUGAUGGUGUGUCCUUCACCUUCAGCACCUGCAGCUUGAGUAGCAAUGGGACCAACCAGACUAGAGGGCAGGUCCCACAGAUUCUCUACUACAGGAGUGAGUAUGAUGGGGAUCUCCAGUCUCAGCUGCUGAGCAAAGCCAACGAGGAGGACAAAAACUGUAGCAGAGCUCUGUCUGUGGUUAGUGCUGUGGUCAGAGCUGCGAAGGACCUCCUUCAUAGGGCGUUUGCAGUUGAUGCGGAUGAUAUUCCAGAGCUGUUAAGUUCUUCUAGUCUGUUCUCUAUGCUCUUGCCCCUUAUUCUGGCAUACAUUGGUCCUGUUGCUGCAUCUGUUCCUAAGGCUGCUGUUGAGGUCUUUGGACUCGUUCAAGAGUUGCUACCUGCUGUCUCUGCCCUCAAUCAAAAAUACGCCCCACCUACCUUCAACCCCAACCAGUCAACAGACAGCACCACUGGCAACCAGCCUGAGCAGGGCCUAUCAGCUUGCACCACCUCAAACCACUACUCUGUGAUCGAGAGCGACCACCCUUACAAACAAGCUGGUGUUACUCAGUACAGGGUAUCAUUCCCAGACUGUGUUCGCUGGACCACCAUUGAAUUUGACCCACAGUGUGGCACUGCACAACCAGAGGAUGUCCUUCGUCUGCUCAUCCCCAGUCGUACGCUCCACCUGUCCAACCUCGGAGGCAAACCGCUGAUCCAUGACACCAUCAACACCUGGACAGAGCUGAAGAAGUUCUGUGGCUCCACGGGCUGGCCGACCACUGUUCUCGUGCUGCCAGGAAAUGAAGUUCUGUUUUCAUUGGAAACCGCCUCAGAUUAUGUGAAAGAUGAGAAAGCUUGCUUCUAUGGCUUUAAGUGUGUGGCUGUGGGAUAUGAAUUCAACCCUGGUUCUGAUGAGGGUAUCAUCCAGUUGGAGAAAGAGUUGGCAUAUCUGGGUAGUGUGUGUGCUGCAGCUCUUAUGAAGAAAGACCUGGCCCUCCCCAUAGGCAAUGAACUGGAGGAAGAUCUUGAGAUUCUUGAGGAAGCCUCCCUUCAGGUGUGUAAAGCCCACUCAGGGAUCCUGGGGAAGGGUCUAGCUUUGUCUCACUCCCCCACAAUCCUGGAGGCCCUGGAGGGGAAUCUGCCCCUGCAUCUCCAAACCAAUGAGCACUCUUUUCUUGAGGACUUUAUCACUUGUGUACAGAACUCAAGUGGAGGACGUCUGGCCAGGUGGCUGCAGCCAGACUCUUACGCAGAUCCUCAGAAGACAUCUUUGAUCCUGAACAAAGAUGAUAUACGCUGUGGGUGGCCAACUACUGUGGUUGUUCAGACUAAAGACCAGUAUGGAGAUGUGGUCCAUGUUCCCAACAUGAAAGUGGAGGUGAAGGCUGUACCCGUUUCCCAGAAGAAGUCUGUGCAACCAGAUAAUGUGAAGAAACUUCAGCGGCUACCUGGAAGCUCCUCCCCUUCUUCUUCUGGCACUGAUCUAACCUUUGGAGGGCUGCCAGUACCUAAGCUGGAGGCCACAUAUGAACCCAUGAUCGUGAAAGAAGCACGCUACAUUGCUAUUACCAUGAUGAAAGCGUAUGAAAACUACUCCUUUGAAGAGCUGCGCUUUGCUUCUCCAACCCCAAAGAGGCCCAGUGAGAAUAUGCUUAUCCGUGCCAACACUGAUGGAACCUACAGUGCCAAUUGGACUCCAGGAGCAGUCGGCCUCUAUACAAUCCACGUCACCAUCGAUGGCAUUGAAAUAGAUGCUGGUUUGGAGGUGGAAGUCAAAGACCCUCCUAAAGGCAUGAUACCACCUGGAACUCAGAUGGUCAAACCAAAGGCUGAACCUCAGCCUAGCAAGGUCCGCAAAUUUGUAUCCAAGGACAGCGCAGGCCUGCGUGUGCGUAGUCACCCCUCCCUGCAGAGUGAACAGAUAGGCAUAGUGCAUGUCAAUGGCACCAUCACUUUCAUUGACGAGAUCCACAAUGAUGAUGGUGUAUGGCUCAGGCUCAAUGAUGAAACAGUAAAGAAGUAUGUUCCCAGCAUGAAUGGUUACACAGAAGCCUGGUGCCUCUCUUUUAAUCAGCACCUGGGCAGGAACCUACUGGUCCCAGCCGACGAGGUCAGGGGCCAGUCGGAGGACAACGCUAAGGAGGUGAGCAGCUGCCCUUCCCACGAGGCGCCCAUUCAGGUGCAGCACAGGGCAGGGCAGGGCGGCGGCCCGGGGCUUUAUAAGGUAGUGAAGACCGGCCCCUCUGGUCACAACAUCAGAAGCUGCCCAAACCUUAGGGGUAUCCCCAUUGGAAUGUUAGUACUUGGCAACAAGGUCAAGGCCAUAGGCGAGGUGGUCAACUCAGAGGGAACCUGGGUACAACUGGAUAAGAACAGUGUGGUGGAGUUCUGUGAAAGUGAUGAAGGAGAGGCAUGGUCAUUGGCCAGAGAUCGUGGUGGAAACCAGUAUCUUCGCCACGAUGACGAACAAACAUUACUUGAGCAUGCGAAUCAGACCCCCCCUCCCAGCCCUUUUUCUGUGCAAGCUUUCAACAGACCCACAACUUCAAAUGGAGCACAGGGCUUUGAUUACGGCAUCUCCAACAACAAAGGUGACCGGUUGAGUGCCAUACUGAAUUCCAUUCAGUCUGGGCCCUUCCUCUCAGCAGUUCCCUCCUCCUCCAUAUUUGAGCAAGCUGCCCAACCUCCCUCCUCCUCCUCCUCCUCCCUUGUCCACAGUCCAUUUGUGUUUGGACAGUCCCCCUCCCAAGUGUCUCAGCCACAGCUUCUGAAUGGUUCAUCACGCAGCCUUGCUUCUCGUGAGCGUGUGCACAAAAGCAGUGUGUCCGUGGCUGGGCAUGGCACUGCUCUCUCAUCUCUCGUUCUAAGGCAAAAGGGUGAACGAGGAAACUUAAUGUCUAGUGCACGGCCCAUGUCUCCAGCCUCCAAACAACGUCAGGAGAAUCGCUCACCGGGGAAGGAGAUCCGGGGUAGCCGCUCAUCAGAGCAGGGUAGGGUCAAGACAAACGAGGGAGGAAUCUCAGCCAGUGAGGGCUUCAUCCUCCGCUCAGACACGGCCAAGCUGAAGUCGGAUUCUCACAGCCGCUCACAUUCACCCAAUCACAACACUCUGCAGGCUCUAAAAGCCGACGGUAGAACCUCAGGAAUGCGGGCAGAGUCCCCAAAUCCUGGAUCUCGCUCCUCCUCUCCCAAGCAAAACGUCUCCUCCUCAGGGAGAUCUAGUCCAUCCAGCACUUGUUCCCAGCACUCCUCUUCAGCUCACCAUGACAAGAACCUACCCCCUAAAGUCAGCCCUUCUUCCAAAGCUAGGCUUGAUCCUCCUAGAGAGAGAUCCAAGUCGGACUCAUACACCCUGGACCCAGACACACUCAGAAAAAAGAAGCUUCCCCUUACAGAGCCACUUAGGGGCAGAUCUACCUCUCCUAAACCUAAAGUAUCUCCUAAAGAUCCAAAUAAAGGAGUGACGAAUAAUGCAGAAAACCGUGUUCCUUCCCCCCAUGUUACCCAAGAGAACCUCCAUAGCGAGGUGGUGGAAGUUUGUACUUCUAGUGCUCUCCUCUCUAAUGAGGAUGUAAAUGAUGAAAACUCGGAGGUUCACAAUUCUGAAGAAGGCUCAUGUAAGGUGCACUUCAGUAUUGGCAAAGCCCCUGUCAAAGAGGAAGUAGAGAGCCGCUCAUCACCCAAAGUCAGCCGCAAAACCUCCAGUCGACACACACGCCCCAAAAAGGACAAAUCUGGGCCUUUAUUUAAAGGUGAGAGUACAUCACGAAUCACAGAGCCUGCCAAACAGGCCAUGUCACCCUCUGUGGCUGAAUGCGCACGUGCAGUCUUUGCUGCAUUUCUGUGGCAUGAGGGAAUUGUCCACGAUGCCAUGGCAUGCUCUUCUUUCCUUAAGUUUAACCCAGACUUGACCAAAGAGCAUGCCCCAAUUCGUAGCUCCCUGGGAGGACAGGGGGCAGAGGAGAAGGAGAGCAAGCUGAAGAACCGCCACUCCUUAGAGAUUUCCUCUGCACUCAAUAUGUUUAACAUCGCUCCACAUGGCCCAGACAUUUCAAAAAUGGGCAGCAUCAACAAAAACAAAGUUUUAUCAAUGCUGAAGGAACCUCCACUCCCGGAGAAGUGUGAGGACGGAAAAGGAGAAUCUGUUUCAUAUGAGAUGACCUCUCAUCCCUCUAUGAGGGCAAAGUCAAUUUUGCCAUUGACAUUACAGCAUUUAGUGGCAUUCUGGGAAGACAUUUCAAUGGCCACUAUUAAGGCAGCAACCCAGAACAUGAUCUUCCCCAGCCCAGGGUCCAGCGCCAUCUUGAAAAAGAAGGAGCAUGAGAAAGACAGCAAAAAGGCAAAGAAGGAGAAGAAGAAAAGGGAGAAGGCAGAGGUGCGCCCAAGAGGGAAUCUGUUUGGGGAGAUGGCUCAGCUCGCCAUGGGUGGACCAGAGAAAGACACCAUCUGUGAGCUGUGCGGGGAAUCUCAUCCUUACCCUGUGACAUACCAUAUGAGGCAGGCUCACCCAGGUUGUGGCCGCUAUGCUGGAGGCCAGGGCUACAACAGUAUCGGCCACUUCUGUGGCGGUUGGGCUGGAAAUUGUGGAGAUGGAGGCAUAGGAGGCAGCACCUGGUACCUGGUGUGCGAUCGUUGUCGGGAGAAAUACCUCAGAGAGAAACAGACUGCAGCCAGGGAAAAGGUUAAGCAGUCAAGAAAGAAACCUCUUCAGGUGAAGACCCCGCGAGCCCUACCCACUAUGGAAGCGCACCAGGUGAUUCGUGCGAACGCGUUGUUUCUGCUGUCCCUCAGCAGUGCAGCAGAACCCAGCAUGCUGUGCCACCACCCUCCCCGGCCUCUUCAUUCCCAGCUGCUUCCCAGCCUAAAGGAGGGCGUGUCUGAAGAACUCCCCAAUAAAAUGGGCUGCCUCUAUCUACAGACAUUAGCAAGGCAACACACUGAAAACUUUGGGGCCUACCAAGAUGACAACCUUUUCCAAGAUGAGAUGAGGUAUUUGCGCUCAACAUCUGUUCCUGCGCCAUACAUUUCUGUCACUCCUGAUGCCUGCCCCAAUGUGUUUGAGGAACCAGAGAGCAACAUGAAAUCAAUGCCCCCCAGUCUUGAGACCAGUCCAAUCACAGACAGUGAUACUGCAAAGCGUACAGUGUUCCAGAGGUCUUACUCAGUUGUGGCAUCUGAGUAUGACAAACAGCACUCACCCUCUCCAGCCCGAGUCAAAGCUGUACCCAGACGUAGGGUUCAUAGCGGUGAUGCAGAAGUGGGCUCUUCCCUGUUGCGUCACCCGUCUCCAGAGCUGUCUCGACUGAUCUCGGCUCAUGGCUCCCUCAGUAAGGGCGAGAGGAACUUCCAAUGGCCUGUCCUGGCUUUUGUUAUCCAGCACCAUGAUCUAGAGGGCUUGGAGGUGGCUAUGAAGCAUGCACUCCGGAAGUCUGCCUGCAGGGUAUUUGCCAUGGAGGCAUUCAACUGGCUGCUGUGCAAUGUAAUCCAGACCACAUCUCUGCAUGACAUUCUUUGGCAUUUCGUAGCAUCUCUCACCCCAUCACCUUGUGAGCCUGAUGAUGAAGAAGAUGAUGAGAACAAGGGGAACAAAGAAAUUGUAGAGCAGGAAAGAGACCUUGGUGUUUGUGAGCACCCUCUAUCAGACAUUGUGAUAGCUGGUGAGGCAGCUCAUCCUCUCCCCCACACCUUCCACCGCCUCCUUCAGACCAUCUCUGAUCUCAUGAUGUCACUUCCCAGUGGCAGCUCGCUACAGCAGAUGGCACUUAGGUGCUGGAGUCUCAAGUUCAAGCAGUCUGACCACCAGUUCCUCCACCAGAGCAACGUUUUCCAUCACAUUAACAACAUCUUGUCCAAGUCAGAUGAUGGAGACAGUGAGGAGAGCUUCAACAUCAGUGUGCAGUCUGGCUACGAAGCAAUGAGCCAGGAUCUCUGCCUGGUAACCUGUUUGAAGGACCUGACCAGUGUAGUAGACAUCAAGACGUCCAGUCGUCCUGCCAUGAUCGGCAGCCUAACAGAUGGCUCCACUGAGACCUUCUGGGAGUCUGGAGAUGAGGACAAGAACAAAACCAAGAGCAUCACCAUUAGCUGUGUGAAAGGCAUAAAUGCUACCAAGGUGUCUGUUCAUGUGGACAACUCCAGAGACAUUGGGAACAAAGUCACAGCAGUGACAUUCCUCUGUGGGAAGGCAAUAGAAGACCUCUGCAGAAUCAAGCAGGUUGACCUCGACUCUCGUCACAUGGGGUGGGUGACAAGUGAGCUUCCUGGAGGAGAUCAUCAUGUGAUCAAAGUAGAACUGAAAGGUCCUGAAAACACCCUGAGGGUGCGUCAGGUGAAGGUUCUCGGUUGGAAAGAGGGUGAGAGCAUCAAGAUACUUGGGCAAAUCUCAGCCAGCAUGGCCCAGCAGAAGAACUGUGAAGCUGAGACUCUUAGAGUUUUCCGCCUCAUUACCUCACAGGUUUUUGGAAAAUUAAUAUGUGGAGAUGCAGAGCCAACUCCAGAGCAGGAGGAGAAAAAUCUGCUUUCAUCACCAGAAGGAGAGGACAAGGUGCCAUCUGAUGCCGAUCUCAAAGAACACAUGGUGGGAAUCAUUUUCAGCAGAAGCAAGCUCACCAACCUGCAGAAACAGGUGUGUACACAUAUAGUCCAAGCCAUUCGUAUGGAGGCCACGCGGGUGAGAGAGGAAUGGGAACACGCCAUCUCCAGCAAGGAGAAUGCCAACUCUCAGCCCAGUGAUGACGAUGCUUCCUCAGAUGCCUACUGCUUUGAGCUGCUCUCCAUGGUCCUGGCUUUGAGUGGCUCCAAUGUUGGCCGCCAGUACUUAGCUCAGCAGCUCACACUCAUGCAAGACUUGUUUUCUCUGCUGCAUACUGCUUCCCCGAGAGUACAGAGACAGGUAACAUCACUACUUCGACGUGUGCUACCAGAGGUGACGCCUGUGCGUCUUGCCAGCAUCAUUGGAGUGAAGGCGCUGCCACCAGCAGACAUCAGUGACAUCAUUCACUCCACAGAGAAGGGUGACUGGAAUAAACUGGGCAUCCUUGAUAUGUUUCUGGGCUGCAUCGCAAAAGCCCUCACAGUGCAGCUGAAAGCCAAAGGCACUACUAUCUCUGGCACAGCUGGCAUGGCUGCAGGGAAAGGCGUCACAACUGUCACACUGCCCAUGAUCUUUAACUCCAGCUACAUUCGCAGAGGCGAGAGCCACUGGUGGAUGAAAGGCUCCACACCUCCACAGAUUGCAGAAAUUAUCAUAAAGCUGGUUAAAGACAUGGCAGCUGGUCAUCUUUCAGAUGCCUGGUCCAGAGUCACCAAAAAUGCAAUAGCUGAGACCAUCAUAGCCCUCACUAAAAUGGAGGAAGAGCAUCGAUCUCCUGUGCGCUGUAUUGCAACAACAAGGCUGUGGCUGGCCUUGGCAUCACUGUGUGUGCUGGACCAGGAUCAUGUGGACAGACUGUCCUCUGGUCGCUGGAUGGGCAAAGAUGGACAGCAGAAGCAGAUGCCUAUGUGUGACAAUCAUGACGAUGGUGAGACAGCAGCCAUCAUCCUCUGCAACAUGUGUGGCAACCUUUGCACCGACUGUGAUCGCUUCCUCCAUCUGCACCGACGCACACGAUCUCACCAGAGACAGGUGUUUAAGGAGGAAGAGGAGGCUAUAAAGGUGGAUCUCCAUGAAGGUUGCGGGAGGACAAAGCUCUUCUGGCUCAUGGCGUUGGCCGACUCAAAGACAAUGAAGGCCAUGGUGGAGUUCAGGGAGCACACGGGUAAACCAGCAUCCAGCAGCUCAGACGCCUGCAGGUUCUGUGGUACAAGAAAUGGGACGGAGCUGUCUGCAGUGGGAAGCGUCUGCUCAGACCCAGACUGUCAGGAAUAUGCUAAGCUGGCAUGCAGUAAGACCCAUCCCUGUGGACACCCUUGUGGAGGAGUCAAGAAUGAGGAGAGCUGCCUGCCAUGUCUGCACGGCUGCGAUAAGAACACUGGCUGUCUGAAACAAGAUGCAGAUGAUAUGUGUAUGAUCUGUUUCACAGAAGCUCUCUCUGCUGCUCCUGCUGUACAGCUGGACUGCACUCAUGUGUUUCACCUUCAGUGCACUCGUCGUGUUCUUGAAAACCGCUGGCUCGGGCCCCGAAUCACCUUUGGGUUUAUGUUGUGUCCUAUUUGCAAGAACAAGAUCAAUCAUUCUGUGAUCAAAGACCUGCUUGACCCUAUUAAGGAACUUUAUGAGGAUGUGAGGAGAAAGGCUCUGAUGAGGCUGGAGUAUGAGGGUCUGCACAAGAGCGAGGCGAUAACAACACCAGGAGCACGCUUCCACAAUGACCCUGCAGGCUUUGCCAUGAAUAGAUAUGCAUACUAUGUCUGCUACAAGUGCAAGAAGGCAUAUUUUGGAGGAGAGGCUCGCUGUGAUGCAGAAGCAGGACAGGGUGAUGACUAUGACCCUAGUGAACUGAUUUGUGGAGCAUGCUCAGAUGUCUCUAGGGCGCAGAUGUGCUCCAAGCAUGGCACAGAUUUCCUUGAGUAUAAAUGCCGGUACUGCUGCUCUGUGGCUGUUUUCUUCUGCUUUGGCACUACACACUUCUGUAAUGCCUGUCACGAUGACUUCCAGAGAAUGACCAGUGUCCCCAAAGAAGAACUGCCCCACUGUCCUGCAGGACCGAAAGGCAAGCAGCUGGAAGGCACUGAAUGUCCUUUGCAUGUGGUCCACCCACCAACUGGAGAAGAGUUCGCCCUGGGUUGUGGGGUGUGCAGGAAUGCCCACACCUUCUAAUCGGCAAGAGACUUUUUACUGAAAACCAGAUGGUCUACUGUGAUUUCUGGCGGCUGAUGCUGCUGCUGAAGCUCAGCGGAGAAACUUGACUCUUGCACUGUCAAGUCUCCAGGGGGCCGGACCAAGUUUCUGCUCUAUGUCAAGAGUCCUCAGGUCUGCUCCUUUACCCCAACAUCAGUAUCCAGGCUCUGCCAUGAAAAUCAGCCCUAGCUCCUUUGGAUUCAGAGUAAUCUGAAUGGAGAGAAAAAAAAAGAGAACAAUUUAAAAAGUAAAAGAAGAAAAAAAAGAACAUAACUUGUGAUGUGUUUGCAUGCGGCCGUAGUAUUCCCUCGGCUUCUAUAGACGUUGCACACUUCCCAAUCACAGAAGCGUUACAAUACAAGAUUAAACAAUGAAUAUCAAAUAAAUUUGCUUAAAGGCAAAUGUGGAUGAAAGUGGGUUUAAAAAGAAAAAAAAAAGAAAAAAGAGGAAUGGACUUAUUUCCAGUUUCCUAACGGAAUCUAAAAUGUUGUAUGUAAACUUUCUUUUUUCGUAAUCUUGUACAGUAUUCUCCACUGUCAAGUGCAUCAUGGGUUGACGGACAAAAAAAGAAAAAAAAGAUGUUGAAUAAGACUGUUAAGAAUAUCUGGGAGGAAAUAGUUUAUGAUUUAUCUAAUCUUGUAUAUAAUGAUAUUAUUCAAAAUAGCUGUAUUCCGAAAAUUGCUCUCUUUACUUCAGUUUUGUUUGAUAUUCUGGGUUAUGUUUUGAGCCAGAACUUUUAAUGAAGUGCAAUACUGGGUGUGCCUCCUAUUUUGCAGUUGUUUAACCUAUGGAAUGUAUGUCAAAUAAAGCCACUGUACAUUUUUAUACAGUAGACAGUCCUGAUUUACCCCCCUCAAGUGUUAGUUUUCAUCUGUUGUCUGGAAAUUAGGAGGAUCCUUACAUCUGCAGUGAAUGAUGGUGGAUAUAAAUCCUGUUUGUAGCUCUGAUUAAUAAAUGAAACACCAAAAUCCUACAGAAUACAAAAAUGAAAAACAAACAAAAAAAAGAGAGUUAAUACACCUGAAUGAUUUGAGGGGCCAGUCUUCACGCCAAAUAAAAUUGUGCACCUGUUAUGCUUUUUCCUAGUGGGAGGCAGGGAGCUCGGGGGAGAAAGGAACAGUGAUGGGGUUGGGGGAAAACAGCUGCUGUUAAAUAAAAAGCUUAAUACUUGUGAAUUUGCUCUGUAAUAUCUGUGGUGGAUGGAGUUGAAUGGUAAUAAACCAGAUUCUCUGUUUCACAAAGUA